GGACCCCGCGGAGCUCGGCGGGGAUGCGGGCUGCUCUGUGAGCGGCGGCGCUAGGGCCAUGUCCGGCGCCCGCUGCCGGACCCUGUACCCCUUCUCCGGGGAGCGGCACGGCCAGGGGCUGCGCUUCGCGGCGGGCGAAGUGAUCGCGCUGCUGCAAGUCCCGGACGGCGGCUGGUGGGAGGGCGAGAAGGAAGACGGGAGCCGCGGCUGGUUUCCGGCGAGCUACGUGCAGUUGCUCGAGAAUCCAGGAAUGGUUCCCCCUCCACCAGGAGAGGAAAGUCAGGCUGCCAUUCUUCCACCUGGCUGGCAAAGCUACUUGUCUCCUCAGGGUCGACGCUAUUAUGUCAACACAACCACCAAUGAGACCACCUGGGAACAUCCCAGCACUUCUGGAAUUCCAGCCAGCCCUGGCCCUCACAGAAGCUCUUUACUUCCAACAGUGAAUGGAUACCACACAACAGGGACUCCAGCGUACCCUCCAGAGACUGCCCACAUGAGUGUUCGAAAAUCCGCCAUUGAUUCCCAGAACCUGGGACUCUCAUCACCAGGCAAAAGGCAGAGCAAGGAAAGUACCAUCACGAUAAACUGUGUGACAUUCCCUCACCCAGACACAAUGCCAGAACAGCAGCUACUGAAACCCACAGAGUGGAGCUACUGUGAUUAUUUUUGGGCUGAUAAGAAGGACCCCCAAGGUAAUGGCACUGUUGCUGGGUUUGAACUACUGCUUCAGAAGCAACUAAAAGGCAAACAGAUGCAGAAGGAAAUGUCAGAAUUCAUCAGAGAAAGGAUAAAGAUUGAAGAAGAAUAUGCGAAGAACUUAGCUAAACUCUCUCAAAAUUCCUUGGCUGCACAGGAGGAAGGAUCAUUGGGAGAAGCAUGGGCACAGGUGAAGAAGAGUCUUGCAGAUGAGGCUGACGUUCACCUCAAAUUUUCUGCCAAGCUUCACAGUGAGGUAGAAAAACCCCUAAUGAACUUCCGUGAGAACUUCAAGAAAGACCUGAAAAAGUGUGACCACCACAUUGCUGACCUUCGGAAGCAGCUGGCCAGCCGUUAUGCCUCAGUGGAGAAGGCUCGGAAAGCCCUCACAGAGCGCCAGAAAGACCUGGAGGUGAAGACCCAGCAAUUGGAGAUCAAGCUGAGUAACAAGACAGAAGAGGACAUUAAAAAGGCACGGAGAAAGUCCACACAGGCUGGAGAUGACCUUAUGCGCUGUGUGGACCUCUACAAUCAGGCCCAGUCAAAGUGGUUUGAGGAGAUGGUAACCACUACCUUGGAACUGGAGAGACUAGAAGUUGAGAGGGUGGAGAUGAUUCGACAGCAUCUCUGCCAGUACACACAACUGCGGCAUGAGACAGACAUGUUCAACCAAAGUACAGUUGAGCCUGUUGAUCAACUGCUUCGAAAAGUGGAUCCUGCCAAAGACAGGGAGCUGUGGGUCAAAGAGCACAAGACAGGCUACAUCCGUCCCAUGGACAUGGAGAUCUAGAUGGCAAUUGUGUUCCCAAGGAUCCUGCUAAGAAGAUAAUAUGGGAAGUUUUCUAAAGAGGCAAUGCUUUCUACUUGGGACCUGCAGCUGAGUGAAGCUGUCCUCUUAUCCUGUCUCCUACUGAAAAGAGGAAAGCAUAGGCUCCAACUGGUGAUUUUAGAAGAGCCACCUGAAAGUUUCCCAGUGUUCCCAGACCAAGAAGAUGGAUCUACAAAAACUUUGCCCUUAUUUCUGAAAUGAAAGUCCCCUGUGCUGUUCUUGCCACUCUGACAACAGAAUGAAGAUGGAACUUUAUGGUCCUUGCUAAGAGAAGGUCUCCCAGGCCAGAAUCAAUUGUGUCAUAGACUUGAGCCCUUGGAAGUCCCAAGGUCCUGCCUCCAUCUGGUUCCCUAUUCCCCAUUGCCUUGGAGGGCUAUUGAAGGGAGGUCUCUGUCUCCAAGUCAAGUUUCAGUAUCAAAAUAAUGAAUAGGAGGUGCCAUUCAGCUUACACCCAAAAUUCUUUGCAAUGCUUUUUCUUUUUUCUUUUUGAUUUUUCCCCAUUGUUUUCUUGGAGCCCACAUUUUGUCUCUUCUCUACCAUUUUUCAUCAUCUGGGGUCCUGGGAAAUAGUCUUGUUUCCUAUCUUCCUAGAGUGACCCUGCCUAGAGAGGUCAGGAUAGAACUACCUCAUUCAGCAAAUUUACUCCAAGUCAAAGCAUUGAAUAAAUUUUUUAAUUAGA